UCCCGGAGGCGCUGGAGGUGUAGACUGUGGUCCAUGGGGCCCUCGGUGCUGCCCACCUGGCUGCAGCCCAGGUACAGGAAGGAUGUGUACCUCUUCAUCUAUUACCUGGUCCAGUUCUGCGGCCAUUCGUGGAUACUGACAAAUAUGACAGCCAGAUUCUUCUCAUUUGGAAAAGAUUCAAUGGUCGACACAUUUUAUGCUAUCGGGCUGGUUAUGCGGGUUUGCCAAUCCAUAUCCCUCCUGGAGCUGCUGCACAUUUAUAUUGGCAUUGAGUCAAAUCAUCUUUUCCCAAGGUUUCUGCAGCUCACAGAGAGAGUGGUCAUCCUUUUUGGGGUGAUCACCAAUCAAGAGGAAAUCCAAGAGAAAUAUGUGGUGUGUGUUUUAUUCAUUUUCUGGAACCUCCUGGAUAUGGUAAGGUACACAUACAGCAUGCUGUCAGUCAUAGGAACAUCUUACGCUAUCUUGACAUGGCUCAGUCAAACGCUGUGGAUGCCAAUUUACCCUCUGUGUGUUCUUGCCGAAGCAUUUACCAUCUAUCAGUCACUGCCUUAUUUUGAGUCGUUUGGCACCAACUCCACUGUGCUGCCGUUCGACAUAUCCACCUGUUUGCCCUACGUGCUGAAGCUGUAUCUCAUGAUUCUCUUCGUAGGUAUGUAUUUCACCUACAGCCAUCUUUACACAGAAAGAAAAGAUGUCCUCAGAGUCUUUUCUGUCAAACAGAAGACAAUGUGAGGCUUCGUUCCUGCCCAUCACACAAGAGAGAAGAUGGGCUGCUGGCUCACCCUGCAGCAGAUACAGCCCUGGGCAUAUGCUAGAGAAAGAGAACUGAGAACUUGACAACAAUCUACUGCAUGGAUUCCUGCAGGCACCACAUAUUCUGUUCCGCCCCGACCGGGCCUUACGAGCACAUCUUCCACAGGCACAGCGCACCUUGCUGCACCAGGUCUGUGGACUUCACAGUGUGAGGUCUGAAUGUUUCUGUGUAAAGUUAAUGAGAAAUAGAUUCAGUGGAGUAAGUUCAACUGACUUGAGAAACCAACUGAUUAACUUCUGCAAUCGCAAUUAGCAGAUUUAUAGGAAGGGGAAGCUGUAAAAUAUCUUCUUUAAUUCUAGGAUAACAUACUCUAUAGAUAAACGCCCCCUCCCGCCGCCGCCCUUAGAGCCAUGCAGCUUGAGCAUUACGUAUACUUAGAUACUCUACAGACAAAUGCCCCCACCCUUAAAGCCAAGCAGCUAGAGUAUUACAUACACUUAGAUACUCUAUAGACAAAUACCCUGCCUUUAGAGCCAAUCACCUUGAGCAUUACGUAUACUUAGAUACUCUAUAGACAAAUGUCCCCACCCUUAGAGCCAAGCAGCUAGAGUAUUACAUACACUUAGAUACUCUAUAGACAAAUGCCCCACCCUUAGAGUCAAUUACUUUGAGCAUUACGUAUACUUAGAUACCUAUCAAAUAUCUUCUGUGUCUUAGCUCAGGCUGCUGCUGUGUCACAAAGUGCACCCCUUCUCACAGAACUUGGUUGUCAAAACUACAGAAAUUUAUGUUUUACAGUUCUAGAGGCUUGGACAUCCAAGAGCAAGAUGCUAGCCAGUUCAGUAAGAUUAGUGUGGAUGUGAACUGUAGGUCUGAUCAGCUGCUCUAGCAGGAACACUGCCAGUGUGAGCUGUAGCUAACAGAAAUAGGAAGACAGUUGGACUUCUUGGAACU